AUGUCUUAUCGAUUGCUAAGUGUGGAUAAAGAGGAACUGGCUUCAUCACCUGGUCUGAAAGAACGCAACUACUUGGGUCUGUCUGAUUGUUCCUCUGUUGAUAGCUCAACCAUUCCCAAUGUUGUUUCAGUUGGUGCAAAGAGCAAUCUCAAUUUCAAAGCUACAGAACUUAGGCUAGGUCUUCCUGAGUCUCAAUCUCCCGAGAGAGAAACCGAUUUCGGUUUGCUUAGCCCAAGAACACCCGAUGAGAAGCUUCUCUUCCCGCUACUCCCUUCUAAGGACAAUGCUUCUGCUACUACAGGGCACAAGAAUGUUGUCUCUGGAAACAAAAGAGGAUUCUCUGACACUUGGGACGAGUUUUCGGGUGUGAAGGGAUCUGGAGGAAUCAACCUCAUGUUGUCGCCGAAGAUUACUGCCACCGCUAAUAAGGAUGUUUCGAAAUGUGUUCAAGAAGAAAGAUCCCAUGCUAAGAGUGGCUCGAACAAUGCACCUGCUGCCAAGGCACAGGUUGUUGGUUGGCCUCCGAUCAGAUCCUACCGUAAGAAUACAAUGGCUUCUUCUACUUCGAAGAACACUGAUGAGGUUGAUGGGAAACCUGGUCUUGGUGCUCUGUUUGUGAAGGUGAGCAUGGAUGGUGCUCCUUAUCUGAGAAAGGUCGACUUGAGAACUUACUCUACCUAUCAACAGUUGUCUUCUGCACUUGAGAAAAUGUUCAGCUGCUUCACUCUUGGUCAAUGUGGACUUCAUGGAGCUCAAGGGAGGGAAAGAAUGAGCGAGAUCAAAUUGAAGGAUCUUCUUCAUGGAUCGGAGUUUGUGCUUACUUACGAAGACAAAGAUGGUGAUUGGAUGCUUGUUGGAGAUGUCCCGUGGGAGAUAUUUACUGAAACAUGUAGGAAACUGAAGAUCAUGAAGGGCUCUGACUCUAUUGGCUUAGCUCCUAGGACAAUGGAGAAAUCAAAGAACAAAGAUGGAAACCCUCUCCGAGUUUGA